AUGAGCUGUAACUCAACCCCCAACACCCUUGAAAUUCACUUAGCCCCUUGGACGCAAAAUCCCUUCGCCUGGGACACGUUGGAUGGCAAUGGAUGUGUAAAAACCGAACCCUACGACGAGUUGGAAUGGCUUUCGCCCUAUCUGCGAAUAAAUUAUGGAAUUUCCACAAUUUGUGGAGGCAUCUUCAGCUUUUAUCUCUUAUAUUUGGUCGUAUUUCAUACUGCCGAACGUUUGCUCCCAUACCAAAAAAUCAUAUUAUGCUGCGGCAUCACCGAUGUCAUGUAUUGGGUCACCGAGAACUUUUGCCAGUUUGUAAGUCAACGCUUGCAUGACCAGUUUGCUAGAAGGCUAAGCAGAGCGAUGGAGUGUUCUUGUUGAGGUUGGAUGGGCCGGCCGCCUACUUUAGCAGAGAGGUUCAAGUUGCGAUGACCGCAAUCUACGUAACAUCCAUGUGCUUUGUCAAUACAUUGCUUCCUGCUCAAACUUACUUUCGUUUUUAUGCAUUAACGAGGUGGGUUGAAGGCUUUAGAAUUGAAUUCGCAACUAAGUCGGACCUGAUCCAAUAACGUACCAUUUUGCACUAAAAAUACGCCGUUUUGAAGGGCUUCCUUUCAAAAAAGAGCGGGGCGGUUUUGAAAUCAGCGUUUUGUCACUUGUAGAGGGGGCUAUUUUGCCACAUUUUUGAUGGCCCGCCUUGUAAAAAGCCAACUAUGGACGUAUAAAGUCAUCACCUUGUCUUUCCAGAUCAGAGAUCCUCGCACCAUGGAAGACAAUCGGCCUUGUUGCAUGUUCAGUUGUGUCAACACUACCCAUAUUAGUCUCCGGCUAUUUGAGUUACAGUAAUUCCGCGGCAGUCCGUCCUGGAUACAACUACGGCGAAUUGUGGUUCGACCAGUAUCCCUUGCCCAUCUUGAUUAUUGGAGAUAUUGUGAGACCACAACUGACACGCUGAACGUUUAUUUUCAGCGUUGUAUUUGGCAUCAAGUCUUCUUUUUCUACGGAUCUCUCUGCGUUUUUUCCUGUUAUGCGUUGACUUUGUACAUUGGAUUAAAAGGCUUCAAAUGCUUGAAGGUCCUUCAAAUCAGCUGCAGUAGAAGAACAAAGCUCUUGCAAACCCAAUUAUCGCGGUAUCUUUUGCUGCAGGUGCCGUUUGGUCCAUUAUUUCCUAGUUUCUGAAAAUUUCAGACCACAAUUCAACUUGUGACCUCUGUAGUCCCUGUAGCCGUCAUUAUCUUUGCCGCCUUCCUUCGGCUGGAAACCGGAAUGACGCCGACAUUCUGCUUCAUGGCGUUGAGUUGGAUUCCAAUCAUAAACCCCUUGCUGACAAUGAUUGUUAUCGUUCCGUAUCGUCGAGCUGUCAGAAAGACGUUGGCUUGGGCCAUACCAUACAGCAAAACGAAUGUCAUCACUUCUCAGUGA